UGCAGCGGAGGCUGAGCAGAGGCCUGGGAGGCAGCCAGAAAAAGCGGGAAAUAUUGUCGACAGAAUAAUUGCCAACUUCCACAAAAAUAAAGAAAUGUUACAAAAUUUCUGGCAACCUAGUUUUUAUAUUUUCAAAAGUCAGGCAUGAGUAAGAAAAAGAGUCCCGACGAUGCAGUGCUUGAUUACUUAAACAAGCAGAAUAGGCCAUAUAGCGCAACUGAUAUUUUCAACAACAUGCAUAAAGAGUUUGGUAAAACUCUAAUUAGAAGUUUUAAACUUUGGAACAGCAUACUCUACUUGUUAGAGAUAACUCUUGAUGGAACUCCCAUUAGAGGAAAUUGUGAAUUUUGGGCAGUUGUGAAAGCAUUGGAAAGCCUGGCAGAGAAGAAAGUUAUUCAUGAAAAAACAUAUGGGAAGCAGAAGGUUUAUGCACCAAUGCAGGCUCAGUAUGGAGAAUAUGAUGAAAAUGAGUUGAAAUCAAUGGAUCAAGAAAUCUUUGAAUUAAAUGACGAACUAACAAAAUUGAGGCAAAAAUGUAAAUCACAAGAAUCAGUUAUAGGGAAUUUGAAUAACCAGAUGACAACUAAAGAUGCAGCUGAAAGGUUGGAGGAAUUGGAAAAGGAGUGUCAAUCAAUGCAAAAAAGAAUUAAAAAAAUUGAGUCAGAGGGUAAUGGUAUAACUCCUGAAGUGAAAGAAAAGAUAUACAAAGACAAUAAAGAAUAUAUCCAACAUUGGAAGAAAAGAAAGCGGAUGGCAAUGGAUCUACUUAACUGCAUCCUGGAAGGAUACCCAAAGACAAAAAAGCAACUACUGGAGGAAACUGGAGUUGAAACAGAUGAAGAUGUUGCUGUAUCAUUAGAAAACUGUUCAAAAUGAAGCAAUGUUGAAAAUCAACUGAUUUGUGAAUAGAAAAUCUUUCAUAUGUAAAUACAAGGGCAAGCAGUAACCUGAAAGUCCAACUGGAAAAUACAAACUGUUACCAAAUUAACUUCUUUUACUUGCUUGCAUGUACUGUUUCAAAACACUUCUUUUAGGUUUCUUUAUAUAAAAUUAAUAAAUUA